AUGAGCAUAUGUGAAGAGGUUUCUGAGGAACUAGCACAUCAAGUUGUGAAAUCUGUCUUUGUUAUUGAGGACACAGGCAGGAACCUCAUUCCUUGCCUUCAAAAUGAGGCUGAUGAAAGGGAAAAUCAUACUGAACCUCUGUUUAAGAGGCCUUGUUUGUCUCCAGAAGUUGAUUCAACUCCUUGCAUAUCAGCUCUUGCAUUCCCACUACAGGAAAUACAGCAGAGCUUUGAUUUGGUCACAAGCACAGUCACACAAAUGGCAGGUGAAGAGGUUGCUGCAGCAUCUAUGAUGCCAUUCCAGAUUAUACAGAAUGUCAGUCCACAUGAAGUAUUUUCAUUGGCUAAUGUGGAACAGUCAAUAGUUAGCCAAACAUGGUUCACAGGUAAAAUUAAGGAUGCUCUAGCUAAUCAAGGACAUAAAUGGAAGCAGGGGAUGUGGACCAAGGAAGAAACAAAUAUUUUGAUGAGCAACAUUGAACAGUAUAUGAAGGAACAUGGAGUAGAGAAUCCUGCAGAAAUCAUUUUUAAGAUGUCAAAAGGUAAAAGAAAAGAUUUCUACAGGUUUAUCUCAUUUGGUCUGAAUCGACCUUUGUUUUCAAUCUAUAGAAGAGUAAUCCGAAUGUAUGAUGACAGGAACCAUGUGGGUAAGUACAGCCCUGAGGAAAUAGAGAAGCUCAAGGAGCUCUGGCAGAAGCAUGGCAAUGACUGGAUAACAAUAGGGGCCAUGGGAAGAAGUCAAAUCUUCUGUCAAAAGAUGGAUUGGCGAUUAAUGAAGAUAUACUGGCAGGGAAAUGGACGAAGAAGAAGAACAGAUUCUUGGAAUCUGCCGGUUCAUGAGUUGACAGGCACGAGGUGGAUGAGAGAAAGUCCUCAGGGUGUGUGUUGGGCAACAGUGGCUCAACAAGUGGGUACUCGCUCAGCAAAGCAGUGUCGUGCUAAAUGGCUCAAUUAUCUGAACUGGAAACAGACUGGAGGUAUUGAAUGGACAAGGAAAGAUGAAGUCACUCUCAUCCUCAGGCUAGCAGAGCUUGAUGUAGCUGAUGAAAGUGAAAUUCGCUGGGAUGAAUUAGCUAAAGGAUGGGAGAGUGUUCGUUCACCACAAUGGCUGCGAAGUAAAUGGUGGAACAUCAAAAGACAAAUCACAAAUCACAAGGAUUUUGCAUUCCCUGUCCUAGUAAGAUGUCUUCAACAAGAAUAUGAAAGACAAAACGCAAGCCUCAGAUUUUGGAAGAAUAAAUCUGGAUCUGACAUGUCAGACAGCAACCCUGAUAUCAGUGUUCAACAAAUCUCCUUUGGAGUCACAAGUAUAGAAGAUAACAACACAUCUAUCUGUCCAGUCCCCAUGACAGGAUCGCAAAUUACACUCCAACUCCUUCCCAGGUCCUUAACAGACUUACCUGCUGCUGUUGGUGACUCUGAAUCUAUAACCCUGCCCACUGGACCACAGUAG